UAAAUAAAUAUUCUUUAAACUUUUAUAUCAUUAGAAAAAUGAAAGUCUACGAUCACAACUAUAUAUAUGUUGAUCCAAGCCUCAACCUAUGUAAUACAACUUAAAACAACAUGGGUGCAUUCCAAGUACUCUCCACCAAUACAAUCAAGGCAUUGAAAUCAAGUAAUCAUAAAAUCGAUUUAACUCCAUGGGAUCUCCAAUUUCUACUUUAUCCAACCAAUAAAAAAGGCCUUCUUUAUCACCAUCCUUUAGCAUCAGACCAAAUUCAACGGCUGACACACUCUUUAUCCUCAGCCCUUUCCUUUUUCCAACCUCUUGCCGGUCGUCUCAAAAUUACAGAACACGAAGACAGCAUUGUCUCGUGUUCUGUAACAUGCAAUAAUGCAGGUGUAAACUUUAUACAUGCUGCAGCCAAGGAUACUUGUGUUGCUGACAUCCUAAAACCCACAUAUGUUCCUUCGGUUGUUCGUUCAUUUUUUCCUUUCAAUGACGUUAGAAACUACGAAGGCACAUCAAAACCAUUGUUGGCUGUUCAAGUCACGGAGCUAGUUGACGGCAUCUUCAUUGGCUUUAAUUUCAACCAUGUCGUAGCUGACGGACAGUCCACGUGGCAUUUCAUCAAUUCGUGGGCUGAAAUGUCACGUGGUUGUCAUCAUCAAAUAUCUAACUCCCCAACGCUGGAGCGUUGGUUUCCAAAUGGAAUUCAACGACCUAUACGAUUUCCUUUAACUAUAGAGCCACAAAAGAAUCACUCUGAUGGGUUAAGUUUUUCGUCUUCUGAUGACGAAAAACUCUUUCUAUCAGAGAGGAUAUUUCACUUUACAAAGAAGAAAAUCAUGCAACUGAAAUCGAAAGUCAAUGCAGAGAUUGAUACCAAAAAAAUAUCUUCUCUACAAGCGCUUUUAACUCAUCUUUGGUGUUCAGUGAUUCGUUCCAAACAUCUUGAUCCACAAGAAGAUGCGCUUAAUACGUUCAUAAUAGGAGUUAGACCAAGACUUGUUCCACCAUUGCCGGAAGAUUAUUUUGGAAACGCGAUUAUAGGUUGCGGGUUUAAAAUGAAAGUUGGGGAGUUGUUGGAGGAAGGUGGGAUUGGUAAAGGUGCUUUGUUGAUGAAUAAGUUAAUUGCUUUGCACUCGAAUGAAAAAUUAAAGAAUGAUUAUGAGUCAUGGUUGAGAAAUCCAAACUUUAUUAGGCUUGAUAGCUUGAGCACUAAGAAUUUUUUGGCCAUUAGCAGUUCUCCAAAGUUUGAUGUUUAUGGUAAUGAUUUUGGAUGGGGAAAGCCUGUGGCAGUUCGUAGUGGAAAUAAAACAAAUGGAAUGGUUUGUGCCUUUGCUGGAAUAGAAGAAGCUAGCAUUGACCUUCAAGUGUGUCUUCCUUACAAGAUUUUGGAGGCAAUGGGAAAUGAUCCUGAGUUCAUGGAUAUGGUCAACUAAUGCAGCGUCAAGAUUUGAAAACUUGAUUUGAUACAUAUCAGUUCAUAGAUAUUCUUGAAUUUGUAUUUUGUGUAAUAAUCAUCUAUGAAUAAUUUAUAAUGUUCAAGUCAUUGUUAUUUUUCAUAGGUAGGUAAGAAGGUUUGAUUUUGGGUUUCUUUAAUACAGUGCAUGUAGUUUACGUAUGUUAUAAGUUGUAGUAGAGGUUUUUUUUUUUUUUGACUAAAGUUGUAAG